AUGACUUUCGCAUCAGGCCUUGUCUUGCACUACAAGGAGCGCAUCGCCGAGCGUCAGAGCCAAUUGGCUUCCGCGGAGGCCGGUGAUGCGCGGCUACUGGAGCUGCGCGGAGCCCUGCAGGAGGCUGAGAAGGCCGUAUGGGUGACGAGUGGCAUCUUCUAUCGUCAGGUCUCUACGGGGAUUUGGAUUGGAGCCACUAGUGCAUUUCAACAACGCCUGGCCCAGCGUGAGCAGCUUGCGACGGAGCUGAGUUUUUUGGAAGGCAUGCUGCACGGGGGGGAGGCGGAUGGAGAAAGUUCCAGAACUUUCGAAGUCUUUCGUCGCGUUGGCGUUGAGCAGCUGCUUCAAGCCUUGUCUGUGGCCUUGCAGCGAGAAAACGCAAGAGCCGUGCUCCGGCGCUUGCCCCAGCAGACGACGUCUCCUGCUUCGCCGCGCCCUAGCCGUGCCAACGCCCACGUCUUGCACCAGCCAGAAGGUUUUUCGCAGGCAAGCGAGGCGACAGCCUUUUCGCCACGGCAGUUGGGCACUUUGCAUUCCAAUCGCGUUGCCCUGCUGGCAUCGCUGAUUUUGCCAGCUUGGAAUAUCCUCCUGACUCUGGAGAAAUUCUCUUUGAGUCCUAAGGUGGUGGCUCUGACAGCUGAGAUGGCUGACAUCAAGGUGAAGCUCAGGUGCUCUCAGGAACAGUUUGUGGACAUGCUGCAGAAGUACUACACUCAGCAGUUGGUUCAGCUUGAGGAUCCUGAUGCUGUGCCUGAUUGGGUGAUGCUCAGUUUCAGGAAUGAACUCAGUCAGAUCUUCAAAGACUUCAAGGGUUACCCAAAGAUCACUCAGGGGCAAUGGAUUAGGAUUCCCAAGACAGCUCUUCAGGAUGCUCAGGAUAUGGAAAAGGAGUUGAAUGCACAGCCUGACCAUGAGGUGAUGGAGGUGCCUGACAAGGUUUUGUGGACUCAGAAGGGUGGCAAAGGGCGCUACCAGCUUCAGCCCAAUGAUCCACCUCAGGAACACAAUGGCUGGUCUCAGGAAGUGGUUCAAAGAUAUUACACUGAGGUGCUCAGAAUGGACCCAUUGCCUUGGGGUGCAUUUGUAGCUCCUCAGUUCAGACAAGCUCAGUUCAAGCCUCCUGAGCCUGAUCCACCAGCUGGAUUCUCAGCAGCAACUGCUUCUUCAUCAACAGGGAAGGGCUCAGGCAGACCUCAUCAGGAUGCUGCUUUAUCAAAUAUGCAGGGAAGCUCAGUUUGGAAGCCUCAGCCUAUCAGGACUGCCAAUGAUGCUCAGGGCUAUGUCAAGUCUGAGCUCCAAAAGCUGAACAUCAAUGAGAUUGACAAGCUCCUGGACAACUCAGAAUCAGAUCAGAAGCUCAGUGACUUGGACAAUGUACCUGAUCUGAUUGAGGACAUGAAGUCCAAGAUUCUUCUACUUGAGCAGGCACUUGAAUCUCAGGAGCUCACAAUGCUUAGGCUCAGGAAAGAUGCUAAGAACAUGGAAGAGGAGCAAGGUGAGCUCAGGGCUUUGCAUGCUGAGCUUCAACUCUCAGUGAAAAGAUCUCAGUCCUACUGGGAGCAGAAGCUGUCUCAGGAUCUUGUGAAUAAGGAAGCUCUGAGAAAGUUCAUGGAAACUCAUCAAAUGAGUGAACUAGAUCUCAGGCAGCUGAUGCAAAAGUCUCCUCAGAUUGAUCACAAGCCUCAGGACUCAGUGAAGGAAGUUGUGGAUGUAUAA